ACCAUCUCCCAUCUCUUCUUUCAUCAUAAGCUCAACAAGUUCUCAUCAAAAAACCAACAAAAACCAACUUCUUCUUCUUCUUAUUCUCUUCUAAACAAUCACAAAUACAAACUCGAGAUAUAUAUAUAGUCCAAAUGGGGAAGAAAAGUACUAGUGAUAUGGCACAGAAAGCAUGGAACGUGGUACGUUUGGCAUUGUUGUGGGCAAGAAAAGGUGGCGUGUUCAGGAGGCGUUUGAUGAUGGAUCAGCUACGCCUUGUGCCCAAGUUUCUUAAGAAUUUGGGCCACACAAGUACGCCGAGAGGCCAGAUUUUCUAUCAAGAACGUGAGCUCUCUUUUGACAAGACCCCCAUUUUCCACCUCAAAACCCACCGUUUUGCCUCAAUGCGGUUUCUCAUGUCCUGCAUAACUCCACAAGUUGAUUUUGAAAGUUAUGAUUUCAACGCUGAUGAUGGUGAUGAUGGAGGUUGUGAUCAGUGCGAAUAUGAUGAUGAUGAGUAUGAGAAAUGUGGGGAUAUUAAGGAUGGAGAAGAAGAAGAAGAAGAAGAAGAAGAAGAAGAAGAAGAGAUUGAUACGAGGGCAGAGAAGUUCAUUGCUCAGUUUUACGAGCAAAUGAGGAUGCAAAGACAGAUUUCGUAUUUGGAAUACAAUGGAGGCUCUCAGUGAUAGUUUUGAUUUGCUGUUUAAGUAUUUACUUAAAAACACCAGUUCUUUUGAUGAUUUUUGUAGAGGCAUUGCAGAUUUUAUUGUAAAUACCAGAAGCUCUCUAUGACUAUGAGUGUUUGCAAAUUUCUUAUAAAUAAAAAUAAAAAUGGCAUAUAUUUGGUGUCGCC